GUCUCGUUUGUUUCAAUUGCGGCUUCGAUUGCGCACUGUAUCCUUGCCACGCAGAAACGGCGAAUGCUGGCAGUUUACGGUGAUGCUGCGCAUACCGGCGACACAUCGCCGGGAUACAGCAGCGAAGCAAACACAUGCACGCACACACACAUACACACGUGUUCCUGCACGAUAGCCAACCGGGAUCGCACGGCCUCGGUACUAACGCCGAGAUCCCCAAGUCCCCUCACACGCGUCAGGAUUCCCUGAUAGCUAGCUCCCCUCGUCAUAUGAUCGCCUCCACGUCCGGACCCUCCCCCGACAAGCUACCCCGCUUCCAGCUCAUCGGCGCCUGCAGUGGACAGAAGAAUGAGUGACCAGGGGAAGGGCUCGGCGUCCUCGACUGCUGGCGUCCCGGCUCCGGGAUCGGACACUUAUAAAGGCUGGCUCUUUAAAUGGACUAACUACUUAAAAGGUUACCAGCGGAGAUGGUUCGUCCUCAGCAAUGGCCUUCUAUCAUACUACAGGACCCAGGCAGAGAUGGCGCACACCUGCCGGGGCACCAUCAACCUGGCCACCGCGCACAUCGACACAGAGGACGCCUGCAACAUCGUCCUGAGCAGCGGUGGCCGCACCUACCACCUGAAAGCAAGCUCCGAGGUGGAGCGCCAGCGCUGGGUCACAGCUCUGGAGCUAGCCAAGGCUAAAGCCAUCCGCAUGAUGCAUGACCAGUCUGAUGAUUCUGGGGACGAGGAGCCUGCCUCCCAGUCAGACAGAAGUGAGAUUCAGGGUACGCUGAAGACUCUAGCCAGCAAGCUUGAUGACCUGAGCACCUGCAACGACCUGAUUGCCAAGCAUGGUGCAGCUCUGCAGCGCUCCCUGAGUGAGCUCGAAGGCUUACGUGUGCCCGUGGAGGGUGGGGAGAAGAUCAAGGCCGUCAACGAACGGGCCACGCUCUUCCGCAUCACCUCCAAUGCUAUGAUCAAUGCUUGCCGCGACUUCCUGGACCUAGCGGAGACGCACAGCCGGAGAUGGCAGCGCGCCCUGCAGCAUGAGCGUGAGCAGCGAAGCCGCCUGGAGGAGACCAUCGAGCAGCUGGCCAAGCAACACAACACCCUGGAAAGGGCCUGGAGGGAGGGUCCUCCACUGACAGCCAACACACCUGCCAUCGCUCCCGCCCCGGCCAAGGGUGGCGUAACCGAUUCUUCGAACUGUCAAAUUCUGCGUUACGUACCCCGAGCCCUCGGGCGGGCCGCCAGUUGGGUUCCAGUUUCCACUGCAGCUGCAGCUGAUGCUGUCCUCGUGCUUCCAGAACGUUCUGGGCGCUGCAUAGCGAGAUACCAAGGCUGUAUCGACCAAAAAAGCCCACCAGGUCCCACCUUUGGCAGCGAACGGCCACAGAAAGGGGAAGCGAGCGACGAAGAUGAGGAUACGGAGUACUUUGACGCCAUGGAGGACGCGCCUGCCUUUAUCACCGUGACCGCCACAGACCACACCCAGCACAAACGAUCCGUAAGCAACCUGAGCGGAGCAAGUGGAGGUCACCCCAGCGACUGGAACCAUGACGACAACGUGUCCCCCACCUGUAACGACUCCUCGGCAGGGAAGGAGCUGCGCAGAAGCAGGCGAAGCCGCAUCCCGGACAAGCCCAACUACUCACUCAACCUGUGGAGCAUCAUGAAGAACUGCAUCGGCAAGGAGCUCUCCAAGAUCCCCAUGCCCGUGAACUUCAACGAGCCACUGUCCAUGCUGCAGCGGCUGACGGAAGACCUGGAGUACCACGAGCUGCUGGACAAGGCGGCGCGCUGUGACAGCUCCCUGGAGCAGAUGUGCUAUGUGGCGGCCUUCUCUGUGUCCUCCUACUCCACCACUGUGCAUCGCACAGCCAAGCCCUUCAACCCGCUACUGGGGGAGACCUAUGAGCUGGACCGGCUGGAAGAGUAUGGCUAUCGCUCCCUCUGUGAGCAGGUUAGCCACCACCCCCCAGCGGCGGCCCACCACGUGCAGUCACUGCGUGGCUGGUCACUGUGGCAGGAGAUUACCAUCAGCAGCAAGUUCCGUGGAAAAUACCUGUCCAUCAUGCCUCUGGGCGCCAUCCACCUGCAGUUCCACGCCUCGGGGAACCACUACGUGUGGCAUAAGGUCACAUCCACUGUGCACAACAUCAUCGUGGGGAAACUGUGGAUUGACCAGUCGGGGGACAUCGACAUCGUCAACCACAAGACCAAAGAGACCUGUCAGCUCAAAUUCUCCCCGUACAGCUAUUUCUCUCGGGAUGUCCCACGCAAGGUCACGGGCAUGGUGAUGGACACCGACAGCCAGGCACACUACAUUCUCUCCGGCACGUGGGACGACAAGAUGGAGAGCGCUAAGAUUGUGCAGAGCAGCCGUGGUAACAGCGGCUCCGAGGGCAAGCAGAAGACCGUCUACCAGACCCUGACACCCAAGCUGCUCUGGAAGAAGUACCCCCUGCCGGAGAACGCAGAACAGAUGUACUACUUCUCCUCACUGGCGCUGACGCUGAAUGAGCCCGAGGAGAGUAUGGGGCCCACGGACAGCCGCCUGCGGCCCGACCAGCGUCUCAUGGAGGCCGGCCGCUGGGACGAGGCCAACGUGGAGAAGCAGCGGCUGGAGGAGAAGCAGCGGGCCGUCAGGAGGAGGAGGGAGGCCGAGGCCAACAGUGCACUCGAGGAGGGCCGUGAGUACGAGGGCUACGAGCCUGUCUGGUUCAAGAAGAGGACGGAUCCCGCCACCGGGGAGGCCAGCUUUGUUUACGCUGGCGGCUACUGGGAGGCCAAGGAAAAACAGGACUGGAGUCGAUGCCCUCAGAUCUUCUGAGCUCCCCCCGCCCCCCAACAUUACCGUCCCCUCCCCUACUGAAUGCUAUGGACUGGGUCGUCACCAGUAGCGGGAAGGCGGGGUCUCUCUACCGUGAAUGGACAUAUAUGUCAGAUAUAUAUAUGUGCGCCAAACUUUCGCUGUCAAACUGGAGACCAGGAGGGGGCGCCCCUAUAUGACCUUUUAGUGACUCUGCAACAGGCUCAUGUUUUACAGACGUGUGCCCGCGCACGGAUUGGGGUUCUGACUCUCGGAGCAAAGCUUAUUCUGUCUGGGACAUGGCCCGCCGAAGCUUCCAGAAGAUCAGGUACUUCACUGUGUGUAUUUCCCACACUGCACCACUUUGUGCAGCACUGCGCAGGCUGCAAAGUCCCACUUUAGCUCAAGCAAGUUUGCAGUGUGUUGCUGAAGACUAAUUGAAGCCAAGCCACAACUGGUCCUGCUUCGCCCUUGCCAGUGUGCAGUGGGAGGGUGGGCCUGCUGUUCACUGACGGAAGAGGCAUGGUAAACCAAAAAAGGGAUUUAACAUUUUAGCCUUUUUGUAUGUCUUCCACAAAUGGAAUAUGAUCGGGAUCUGAGCCUGCCCAACUUGAGGAGCUCAAGAUUAUUAUUAUUUUUUUUUUUUAAGUACUAGGGUUUGCUGUUGUGGAUGAUGUUACUAAACUUGCUGAGAACAAACAGGUAAAAUGUGACCCCCCCCAAUAAUUUCUUCUCUACGUCAUGCCCUAAACAAACCACUCAAACUGAAGAUCCCAGCCCCCUCUCUGCACCCCUCCCCCAACCUCCUUCAAAAGGAUGGUUCCACCCUUCAUAGUAGGUUUAUUUGUGAUGGUUGCCAUGGCUUUAGACUAUGUCACAACUGUAGUAUGAAAUUCAAAGCUCAUAUUUCAGAACUAUUUACCUGCUUUAUUUUACAUUGUAACAACGAUAGUAACAAGAUGCUAAUGAAGUGGAUUACCUUGGUACAAUCCAGUUAUUUUACCCAUCAUGAGAAAUGAAGUACUAAUUUUAAAUAAUAGUGGCCAAGGUUAACAUAUAUUGUAUUUUUAUGCACCUAUGUGCAUAUAUUUUUACAAAAAAUAUUUAAUCUUUUUGCCCAUCUUGUACGUAUAAUCAUGUAAAAAUGUGUGUCAAAUAUUUUCCCAAGCAGGAAAUUAACUGUAAUUUGUAACUUUCUCUGAACCUUCCUUGAAACUUUAGACUGGUCACCAACACUAACACAGUAUUACUUACCCAAGGUGCCACUGACCCUGGUCACCACUGAGGAAGCUAUAGCUAACCAGUCCUAAGAAGGUGAUUUGAAAAAGUCACAACCAUAUUACCUGUCGAGUGAUUGAGUGUGUACGUGUGUGCUUGUGCGCGUGUGUGUAUAAACCCGCUUUGAUCCAUUUUAUCCCCUUUGGCAUCAUGAUACUUGAUGGCCAUAAAAAAGAUACUAAUAUACACCGUAUAUAGAUUGAAUCCGCUUUUUUAACAAAUUGAAGUGUAAAUUAUAAAUGUAAAUUGACUUAAGAUUGGCUUACUUGGUUGGAAGUAAAGUUUGGGUGUCACAUGUAUUUCAUUGCAUUUAAAAUGAUCUGCAGUUAUUACACUAGUGAGUUGGGCUUUCAUUUAGUGAGACAUGAUAAGCACGUGAAUGAAAAACAGGUGAAUGGAGACCAACCCGAAGAGAGACAAUAUAGUUACUGACAUCUGUCUGUGACAAGAUAAAGGAAACAGAUACUGAAAAACACUCAGGUGUGACCUCACCUUAAUCUGUCUGUCUUGCUUGAUGAAAUACCACCCUGUGUUUACAUGUUGGUUUCUUUUAUUAUAAAUUUGCGAUAUAGAUUGAGGAGGGUUUUUUGUUUAGAAUGCCUGUCUGGCUGCGCAUUAAUUGUGAGUUUUGUGUUCAUUUCAGUUCAGUUCGGUACUCAAGCACAUCACACUAAAUAAGAUCCUGACAGAUAAACCACAGAGAGAACUGCAUACAAUUUGUAGUGUUAUAGAAUAGGAACUUAUCAAAAUGAAAUAGGAUGAUGUUUUUGUAAAAUUAGUUUCCUUUCUUUAAAGUAAGCAAACCACAAUCAGCAUAAUCUUCUGUGCUAUUUGUACAUACCUAAUAAAUAUCUUACCAGAAGGGUGUUUGGUCAUGCCCUUGAGGUUUUUACAGGUUUUCACUGUGUACCAAUGCUCAGUUAAAUGAGAAAUCUCAUUUUGACAGAAAAUAACUUUUGAGUAAGAAGUACCAGACUGGUUAGUUUGGUGUUUUAUCUUAAGUUCAGACGUCCACAUUGCUCUCUGUGGAAAUGCCCCUUAACUGAGCAUCGAGGCAAAAAGGAAACAUCGUAGCCCCAGACCGUGACCGCACACCCUCCUCUUAACAGUAUGUGGUGUGCUACUGUCAGGGAUGGAUGUAACUUACAAAGAUAAUUUACUUUUUCAAUGUAUUAAAUUUUAAUACUAAA